AUGAAACAGUCAGAGUCAUUGGAAAUCCCAAAGAGCGGGAUCCGUCCGUACUUUGAAGUAACUGUUGAGGACCCUCAAAAAGUUGGCGACGCAAUUAAUGCACACAUCGUAUAUAAAGUCAAAACAAAGACAAACUCUCCUGUGUUUCGAUCACCAGAAUGUGUGGUCGCAAGACGUUACCGAGAUUUCCUUUGGCUUUAUAACCAACUCACACUUGGCAAUCCAGGUGUUGUAGUCCCACCUGUUCCAGAAAAACAUGCCCUUGGUAAAUGA